UUAUUCUUUCCAUACUUUGUUAAAAAUGGCGGGUUUAGUAGGAGGAGCUGUGCUUGGGGCAGUAGUAUCAGAAUUGCUGAAAGCAGUUCUUCGGGAGAAAGAUAACGCGAUGAGUUUCAGACCCUACUAGGAACGGCUCAAUUCCACACUAGAAAAAGUGAUACUCAAAGCUGAAGAAAUGAAACGAAUAAAUCAAGUUGAUACACCUGAAGUAAACAAAUUGAUGAUGAAACUAAGAGAAGGAAAAUAUUUAGUAAAGAAGUGUUCAAAAGUUCAGCCCUGGAAUUAUUACUUGAAAAGUAAGUAUUCAAGGCUUUUACAGGAAUUGGAUGAUAACUUGAUUAGAUUCUUUCAGUUGGAUGUGCAGACAGCUAUUUGGUGUGAUGUUGAACAGCUCUUGGAUAAAAUGAAUGAUAUGAAUCAGAAAAUAGAUCAGUUAACAGCAGAAAGAGGAUGCUGUAGUAGUUACAAUACAGGAGUUGGAGCUGAAGCUGCCGCACUAACUAACCAAAUGAUGAUGAACUCUGGAGAAGCCAAUGAGAAAGUAAAAAAGAGCUCAGAGAAAGGCAUUAUUACUAGUGAUGGUGAUCGUCAUAGAGAAAGUAUUGCACCUACUGCUAGUAUUAAUGCUCAUGCUGCAUUGGAGAUGCCGUUGUUUAGAGACGAUGAGAGUGUUGCAUUUUUCAGUAAAUCAAUGGGCGGGGUUGGAAAGACUAGUUUAUCACAAAACGGUCAGAAGGAUAUUUUGAUCAAGUAUCUUUCUGAUAGGAUCAGGGACCCAAAGUCAUCAAGCGUGACUCUACUAUACAAGGAUCUUCAGUUGGCUGUAACAAGAUUUCACAGUUCUGGGCCAGUGGAUUUCGAUGAUGAUAUCGGAUUCCAUCAAGUAAAAGAGUUAAAUCACCGAUACAUGGAAUUGGUUGAGAAGUUUAGUCACGAAAAUGUGGCUCCAGUUCGGGCAUAUUACUAUUCCUGCCGUUCUAGAGCUGUUGAUGAAUCGCGUCAGCUGGCCUUGGGGAUUAUUUUGGUGUAUGAUUACAGUUACUACUUUAAGGGUAGUGUUUUUGAAAUGCUGCAUGGUACCCCCUCUCUCUAUAUAUAUAAAUGCAUGUAUGGUCAGAUUUGCUUUGGGGUGGUAGUUAAGAACCCAGGCGUAUGGGGGUGCUGGUUUUAG